AUGGACCAUUUAGUCUGGGGAUGUCUCCUCUUUCCUCUGGCCAACGCAGCUCUGGGCUCCAAACACUGUCACUUUCCCUACAUCUACCAGGGAAAGCUCUACCUCACAUGUAACCAAGGUCUGGGCUGGGAUCACUGGUGUGGAAUCACGGACAACUUCGAUCGAGACGGGAAGUGGAUUUAUUGUCUUCAGCACCAGCUGACCCCGUGCGUCUUCCCCUUUGUCUACGAGAACGAAGUGCACACAACCUGCAUCAAGACCGGAGCCCACGAGGGCCGGGCCUGGUGUGGAACCACCAGCAAUUUCGACCAGGACAGGCAGUGGAGACUGUGCGGACAGCAGGUCAAGAGGCACUCAGGGAGGGGCCACCAUGCACUUGCAUGUAGCUUCCGAGAUGAAUUUUGCAAGAUGGGGCUGAUUUGGUUCCCUUUCUACUACAACCGCACGAUUCACUACGACUGCAUCACCCUCCACCGGAACAAGCCGUGGUGCUACACUACCACUGACUACAACACGGACCAGAAAUGGGCUUACUGCUGA